AUGAGCUCUCACUUUCCCUCUACCAAGCUUGUAGAAGAAAAUGAAAUCGCCGUACCUGCCGCAGAUCCUGGUAUUAUUGACGCUGUCGCAAGGGAUCCAUUGAGAUCGCAACGUUUUCUUUCUACAAGGACCUCACUGGCAGCUCUGGAUAGUCCCAGCUAUCCUACAGGCUUGGCGGCCAAUGCAGCAGAUAACCCAUCCCUUCAUGACAGUGAUAGUGAUGAUGACACUGACCCAUUUGACGACCCAAUGGAUAAAGAUGAUGAUGAUGCUUUCAGUGAGUCUCCCAGUAACUUUGAUUUCUCCAUUAACAGCAUGGAUAUCGAACGAGGAAUCCGCAACAAUGCCAUGCACAACAUAGCCUUUGAGUACGUGUACAGCAAUGCUUAUGACUUGGCCUACAGCAUCUGUACUUGGCCCAGGCUCCUCCUCAGCUAUUGUCUGGGUAUGUUUGGAUUCCUCCGGAAGAAUAAAAACGAUGCGGAUGGACUAGUGCCUGCCCAGGAGGACAAUCAUGUACAAGAUAUGGCGCUUGCAGCUUCCCAGUCUGCAGCGAUUGGAAUAGGAGCAGGUGUCAUGGCUAGCCAGUCGGCUGGAGCUGGAGCUGGUACGUCAUCCAUGGCUGCUAGCAUUUCCACCCUGUCCACGCCUAUCAAGAUUGGAAUAAUUGUGGCAGCUGCUAUCACAGUUGCUGCUACCACUGCUGCCCUGGGGAGCAACAGCAGCCAAAAUGACGUCAAUGUUGACUGCACUGGCUCCAUUCAAAAAACCGAUACCAAACAGGGUGUCAUGCAAGUUGUAUUUCAUUCUGCCGAUAAUAACAGUUCCUCACAGGAUGACAGCCCCUCUGCAGGUGAAUUGCUCAUGGAGAACAAAGAAGAAUUGGAAGAUGCUUUUGCCCGAGUCUACAACAAUGUCACCUCCAAUUCUGCCAGUAGCACCGACAUUGAUGGCUGUGAUAGUCCCCACAUCCCUCUGGGUGGGGUCCGAAUGAUGCAGGUUGAGUCAACUAGAGAGGAUAAUUAUACCAAUACUUAUUGGGUUGCUGAUGUUCGUUGCAAUGGAUGCUCUGACGUGGAUCCACUUUUUGACACUGACACUGAAGGGAGUCCCCAGCUUGAGCCUGUCAGUGCUGUUGAUGAUUUCGUGGAUCAGUUCAUUGAAGCAAUACAACCCAUUCUGAAGACUGAUGAUCAAACACAAGAAGAAAACUCAAUAACCAGUCAACCAGAGCUGGAGCAAGAAAAUCCACCAAUAGAACUUUUGUUUGUGGCACUGGUGGAUCCAACGACAGGAGAGGUACUCCCAGAACAGCCACAGCGGUCAGGACCUGGUGAUCUGAUUGAGAUGAUACCAAGUUUGAACACAGUUUGGAAUGAAAACACAAAUGACUCAGAACAAGACAGACUGGAUCCAGGGCCUCCUUCGUCAACUGUUGCAUCUGCUCCUGUAGCCUCUGUCAACACAAACACAGGGCCACCUAAUGCAGCAGAUGUCAGUCUUCCAGCUGUAGGAAGUCCUAUUGGAGUACCCAAUUCUGCAACUAGUCCAAUGGUUGCUUCUGGUUCUGGUGCCACCAACCCCAUUGCUACAAGAAUCCCAAGUACUGGAACUUUUGCACCAGCCGCAAAUAGUCCCUCCUUCUCAGUGGCCGAUACAGAUCAGGUUACAACCAACGGUGGUCAGCAUGGAGCACCAGCAGGGCCAACCUACCAACCAGCAUCACCAGCAGCCAAUGAUAAUGCACCACCAAGUGUCGUUCAGCCAAUGGCUCCUUCUGAUGUGGACCAGACCAAUACCCUGUCCCCAGCAAGAGCGCCAACAGCCUACACCCCAGAAGCCAGUAACCCUGUUCUUCCUACUGAUAUUGAUGAUUCCCAGACACCAAAACAGGCUCCAUCUUCUGCAAGCAUUCCCGGUGUGUCAUCUAGUAGUUGGCCCACAGUCAGCCCCAAUGCUAAGAUGUCCCCAACUUCCCAAUCCAUGGGAACACUCCCCCCACACAUGCCACCAAUAGCUAGCAAAGUUCAGGAUGCUAACUCCCAUCCAACAGCCCCAGCCCCUAGUCCAAUCACAGAACCAACAACCACCAUUCAAACUCCCUCAACAAAUGGACUCACUAUUGUUCCAACAAGAGAGAUGCUUUCACCAGAGACAUGUGCUGGCAUGCAAAUGUUUGCCGGGUCUGCUUCCUCAGGUGUUUGCCACAAUAUCAACAAGGGUCACAGCAAUGGUGGAAGCCACCAGUCUUCUCCCGCAGGGCCAGUUUUUCCCACCAGGCCACCACCAACCAUAUCAAGGGCAACGAUUACUCCAUCAACAAUGAAAGCAUUGAAUGAAUUUUCCAGUGGUGGUGGUGCACAAUCUCCAACCAAAAUGACCACAAAUGCGUCAUCUGUCUCAUCCCAAGGAACUUCUGCCAACCCUACAGAGCGGCCAAUCACAAAUCAUCCCACCCCACAACCAACUUUUGAACCAACAGACAGCCCAACCAUGUCACCCACAAACCAUCCAACAGACGACCCAACUGGCACCCCUGAUAACGAAUCAACAACAUCACCUACAGAGAACCCAACCCCUAUCCCAACAAUUGAUCCUACGAGCAGCCCAUCAGUCUCUCCAACAAAGUUUCCAUCAGAAUUCCAUAUGGUGGGUCCUACCAAAAUGCCGAGCAAGGCACCUACAUAUAGCUCAAACACACCAUCAAAGGCUCCAACUGGAGGACCUGUUAGGGUGCCAUCUACUGCCCCAACCAAGAUUCCCAGCAAGACACCUACUAUUUCUCUUACUGAACCACCCACAAUGGCGCCAGCCCCUGUGCCCACAAGAGGCCCCACAAUGGCCCCAACUAAGACCCCCAGCAAGGCACCAACAGAAUCCCCCACUGAAUCACCGACCAAGGCACCAACAGAAACUCCCACUGAACCACCGACAAAAGCACCAACAAACUCCCCCAUCAAAGCUCCCACAUUUGCCCCAACUACAUUUCCCAGUAAAGCACCAACCAAAACUCCAACUCAACCACCAACCAAGGCACCGACCCGUGCCCCAACCAGCAAUCCCACAAUUGCACCAACUAAAGCUCCCAGUAAAGCACCAACAAAAUCACCAACUGUGAUGAAAACAGAGGCGCCAACGGAACCCCCCACCAAAGUUCCCAGCACCAACCAAGCACCAACCAAGGCACCAACCAAGGCACCAACCAAGGCACCACCAAGGCCCAACCAAGCGCCCACCAAGGCACCGACUAAAUCACCAACUAAAUCCCCAACCAAGGCACCAACCAAGGCACCAACCAAGGCACCAACCAAGGCACCAACCAAGGCACCAACCAAUGCGCCCACCAAGGCACCAACUAAAUCCCCAACCAAAUCCCCAACCAAGGCACCCUCAAAAGCACCUACCAAGGCGCCCUCAAAAGCACCCACAAAGACACCUACCAAGGCACCCACAAAGGCCCCUACCAAAAUUCCAACAUUUGUCCCCACUGCAACUCCAGGGACUGUCUUUGGGGACAAGAAUUCUUUGAUAACAGCUCUGGAAAGCGAUGACUACUCCCCCACAGGUCCCUAUGGUUCCAUUCUAACAUGGAAUGUGCAGGCAGUUGACAAUUUUGACUUCUUGAUCAAUGGUCUUUCCAAUGUGGCUACAUUCAAUGGGGAUGUCAGCAUGUGGGAUGUCAGCGGAGUAACAUCAAUGCUCUCACUCUUUCGAGCUGCAGCAGCCUUCAAUGUUGGGCUGAAUGACUGGGACGUCUCCAGUGUCGCAGACUUUGGUUUUGCUUUCAGAGAAACAACUAUCUUCAAUGGAGACAUAAGUGCAUGGGAUAUGAGAAGUGGAACAUCCAUGUGGCAGAUGUUCUAUCGGGCAGAUGCCUUCAAUGGAGACAUAAGUUCCUGGGACAUUGGUAGUAUGGAAAAUCUCAAUGGUAUCUUCUAUGAAGCUACCAGCUUCGCUGGAGACAUAAGUUCAUGGGACACCUCUAGUGCCACUACUUUGGAAAGCACCUUCAAGGGCGCAUCCGCCUUCUCUAGUGAUCUGAGCUCAUGGGGUGAAGAAGCAAGUGCAUUCAGUUCUGAUCUUUCCAACUGGGAUGUUUCAUCUGUAGAGACCAUGUGGAGUACCUUCUAUGAAGCCUCCUCCUUCAAUAGUGCUUUGAACUCAUGGGAUGUUCGUAAAGUCACUUAUAUGUAUCAAGCGUUCAGUCGUGCAAGCAUGUUCAAUGCUGACAUCUCCAACUGGGAUGUUUCAGCCGUGACCAACUUUGUGGAUCUGUUCGAGUCUGCUUCUAUCUUCAACCAGGAUUUGUGUGCUUGGGGCACCCGAGUAACUGGCACUCCCCUUUUUAAUAACAUGUUCGAUAGUACUGCUUGUCCCAAGGCCGGCACUGACCCUUCCAAUGCAGCGUCACCCAAAGGCCCCUUCUGCCAUGUUUGCCCUUAGCUCGCCUGGUACCGAUAGAAGGUUACAGGGAAAUAUGGUUAUUAAAUCCACAUCUUGCUCUGAAGAUUUAUGAAUGCUCAGUUUUACCGCAUCUUUCU